AAAAAAAAAAAAUAAAUAAAAAGUAACCAAAUUUUCUGCCUCUUUGCUUCUGUUGAUUACAAAGACAGAUCCUUUUCUGGGUUUUCAUUUUCUUUUGCAUUUUUUAAGGAGGAAAAUGGUUUAAAGAAUUUGUUGGGUAGAAGUUGUUAGGUUCAGAUCUGAGGAAGCUGAGGUUGUUUUCAAGCAAUGUCUAAUUGGGGUUCUUGGGUUCCUCUAUUAUUAUGUGCUCAUUUCCCUCUUCAUCUCCUUCUUCUUUAUUUUGACCACUAGCUUGGGGGAAACAACCAAAGAGUUUGACUUUGGAUUUUUAGGUUCAAUUCACCCUAAAGAAGAGGAACAGGUGGCCUGUAGAGAUCUGUAGAAAUGCUGGCGAUUGGGAAUCCUAUAGCUACCAGCGUCCGUACGAGCUCUAGCUGCAGUGCUUUGGUUAGAGAACUUGAGCAAAUAUGGAAUGAUAUUGGUGAAAGUGAAGUUGAUAAAGACCGUAUGCUGUCGGAAUUGGAGAGGGAAUGCUUAGAAGUUUACCGGAGGAAGGUUGAAGAAGCUGCAAAUGCCAAGGCACGCCUCCACCAGUCUGUUGCAGCCAAAGAAGCUGAAGUUGCAACACUUAUGGCCACUCUUGGGGAACUCAAUAUUCAAUCACCAAUACAGCUUCAGACAGAAAAGACAGCUACAUCUUUAAAACAAAAACUUGCAUCUGUCACACCACUGCUAGAGGAUCUGAGAAUGAAGAAAGAGGAAAGAAUGAAGCAAUUUGCUGAUAUAAGGGUGCAGAUUGAAAAGAUCAGUGGCGAAAUUUCUGGAUACAGCCACCUCAGUGGUACUAUGAUGAACUCAUUAACUCUGGAAGAGCAAGACUUGUCACUAAGGAGGCUUACUGAAUAUCGAACACAUCUUCAGACUCUUCAAAAGGAGAAGUCGGCCCGCCUUCACAAGGUUUUGGAGUAUGUAAACGAGGUACAUUUGCUUUGUGGGGUGCUUGGAUUGGAUUUUUCACAGAUUGUAAGUGAUGUGCAUCCAAGCUUGCAUAGGACAGGUCAGGAGCAGUCAACAAAUAUCAGUGAUGGCACAUUGGAAGGUUUGGAGCGGGCUAUUCUCAAGCUAAAAACUGAAAGGAAAGUUCGCAUCCAAAAAAUGAAAAAUAUUGUUGCCUCACUUUUUGAACUUUGGAACUUGAUGGACUCAUCUCAAGAAGAGAAGAUUCCCUUUUCCAGGGUCAUUUCAAUUCUUAGAUUAUCAGAACCUGAAGUUACAGAACAGGGUGUGCUUUCAACAGAGAUGAUUGAACAGGCAUCAGCAGAAGUUGAGAGGCUGACUAAACUGAAAGCUAGCAGAAUGAAAGAACUUGUCAUGAAAAAGAGGUCAGAGCUGGAGGAGAUUUGCCAAAUGACUCAUAUUGAACCCGAUACAAGCACAGCUGCUGAGAAAUCCAAUGCGUUGAUUGAUUCUGGACUGGUGGACCCUUCAGAAUUGCUAUCAAACAUUGAAGCCCAGAUCAUAAAAGCUAAAGAUGAAGCAAUGAGCCGGAAAGAAAUAAUGGAUAGGAUAGACCGAUGGCUUUCUGCAUGUGAAGAGGAAAAUUGGCUGGAAGACUAUAAUCAAGAUGAUAACCGUUACAAUGCUGGGAGAGGUGCACACAUCAACCUCAAACGUGCAGAGCGAGCUCGAAUAACUGUGACCAAAAUUCCUGCAAUGGUGGACAAUUUGAUCAAUCGAACCCUGGCCUGGGAAGAAGACAGAAAGAUGUUAUUUAUGUAUGACGGGGUGCGAUUGGUGUCAAUUUUGGAGGACUACAAACUGACAAGAAAACAGAGAGAAGAGGAUAAAAGAAGAUACAGGGACCAAAAGAAGAUUCAAGAUCUGCUUCUGACAGAGAGAGAAGCCAUGUAUGGGUCAAAACCCAGUCCAAGAAAAAGCAACAGCUUUAGGAAACCAAAUGGAUAUCGUGCAAAUGGAAAUGGAUCUAUGACUCCCACCCCUCGUCGCAACUCAGUUGGUGGAGCCACACCUGAGAUACUUACUCCACGGUCUUACUCUGGGCGUCAAAAUGGAUAUUUUAAGGAAAUGAGAAGGUUGUCUACAGCACCACUAAACUUUGUAGCCGUACCCAAGGAAGAUACAGUAUCUAUGUAUACAUCAGUAUGCGGUUCUGAGCCAGACUCUCCUCCCCAGGUUUAAAGUCAUACCACAAUUGGAGGACACCGUUAAUAAGUUCCAACAACUGUACACUCAUUUAGACAAGUGGGACCUUGUGAAUAUUGAAGGAUUGUACACUUGUGUAUGAUUAUGAAAUUGCUAGGAUGUCUUCUACGCUAGUUACUGACAUUUGUAGAAAAUUGCUUGUGUACAAAUUGCUUGUGGAUGUAAUUUGCUUUCCCAAGUUAGAUAGUAAUUUCAAAGUACAUGUCUACGUUGUCUGUUGAGAUAGCGAAAACUAAUAUGAGAGUGUUAUGAUAGUGGUUCUGACAUGUACUUUGGGGAUUUGCUUUGUUCUGGGCUGUGAUCUGGGAUUGUAUAUAUAUAUGUAUUUGGUUACCAUUCGAACAGGCUUUCUUUGUC